UGAGGCGAAAUCGCUACAACCCUUCUCUCCCUCUCUCUCUCCCUGUGUUUGUAGUUAGCCUGACAGACAGAAAUUCACAUUCGUUCAAUCAUUUUGGAGGUGUGAGUACUUCAAAAUUAUGCGCUUUAAGAUCGAGCCGGGGCAAAGAUGCAAUGGAGGUCACUAGUAGUUGGUCUGGUAGUACUGAGACUGUCGCUCGGCUGUGUGCUGUGGCUAGCCUUCGGACUGGGACCUAGCUGGGGGUUCAACUUCCCCCUCGGUUUCAAUUUGCACAAACUAGACUUAUUAUUCAGGGAGGAGAAAGUUGAAGAGUCCGGGGGUAACUCGUGGUCUCGGCGUAUACACAACCACAAAUAUGAAGAGGCGGCGACGACCUGUGAAAAGGCUGGAGAGGAGUCACCUACCAGGUCCUACCUGAACCUGUACGAUGGCAACAAGGACGAGUACGUGAGGAGGUACAGAUCCUUCCCAGACACGCUGAAGGCGAAGAUGAAGGGCAUGGCCAAAGAAAUGUUCUACUUCGGAUAUGACAAUUAUAUGAAACAUGCUUUUCCCGAGGACGAGCUGAACCCCAUUGACUGUGAAGGGAGGGGACCAGACGUACUUAACCCGUCAAACAUCAACAUAAAUGAUGUUUUGGGGAAUUACUCCCUAACACUCAUUGACACAUUAGAUACCCUACUGGUGCUUGGCAAUGUGACAGAGUUCAAGAGAGCUGUCAAGCUGGUUAUAGAUACAGUAUCUUUUGACAAGGACUCAACUGUGCAAGUUUUUGAAGCAAACAUCAGGAUCUUGGGAAGCCUUAUCUCAGCUCACAUUCUGCUGACGGACCCAAAACACCCAUUUGGAAAGGUGGGCUAUGAAGGUUACGAUAAUGAGUUGCUUCACUUGGCUCAUGACUUGGCAGUCCGCUUACUGCCGGCCUUUGAGAACACCAGCACAGGCAUUCCCUACCCCAGGGUGAACCUGAAGACAGGAGUCCCUCCUGACAGCAUCAAUGAGACUUGUACUGCAGGAGCUGGCUCCCUGCUGGUGGAGUUUGGGAUUUUGAGCCGCUUGAUUGGAGAUUCCACUUUUGAGUGGGUAGCAAGACGAGCUGUCAGAGCUUUGUGGAAUCUGAGGAGCAACGAAACUGGUUUGUUAGGGAAUGUAGUUAAUAUCCAAACAGGCCAGUGGGUUAGCAAGCAGAGUGGUCUUGGAGCUGGUAUGGACUCCUUCUAUGAGUAUUUGCUCAAAUCAUACAUCCUUUUUGGUGAGAAAGAGGACUACAGGAUGUUCCAAGCUGCUUAUGAGAGCAUACAGAGCCACCUGAGGAGAGGGAGGGAGUCCUGUAAUGAAGGAGAGGGUGACCCACCUCUCUAUGUUAAUGUGAACAUGUUCAGUGGUGAGAUAAUGAACACUUGGAUAGACUCGCUUCAGGCCUUCUUUCCUGGGCUGCAGGUGCUAAAUGGCGAUGUAGACAAUGCCAUUUGCCUGCAUGCCUUCUACUAUGCCAUCUGGAAGCGUUUUGGGGCUUUGCCAGAGAGAUACAACUGGCAACUACAGGCUCCUGAUGUGCUCUUCUACCCCUUGAGACCAGAGCUGGUGGAGUCAACCUAUCUGCUGUACCAGGCGACCAAAAAUCCUUUCUAUUUGCAUGUUGGAAUGGAUAUUCUUCAGAGCCUUGAGAAAAAUGCCAAAGUCAGAUGUGGGUACGCCACUCUCCACCACGUUGUGGACAAAUCCAAAGAAGAUCGCAUGGAGAGCUUCUUCCUCAGUGAGACCUGCAAAUACCUGUACCUGCUAUUUGAUGAGGACAACCCACUACACAAAUCUGAUAACAAGUACAUCUUCACUACAGAGGGCCAUGUUGUGCCUACAGAUAAGCGCUUCAGGGAGAAACAGUGGACCGACCUGUUUCCUUGUGAAGAGGGAGCGCUGGCAGAAAGAGAUCUGAAAGAGAACCAACAUACUAGCAACAUCAGCAAUUGCAACAGGAUCCCAGAGGAGCGACGCUAUGCUCUGCCAUUAAAGAGUGUUUACAUGAGGCAGAUUGAUCACAUGGUGGGACUCUUCUGAACGAUAGGAUGCAUGUGGUGACAUUGGCAUGAACAGGUCUUCAAUACACUCCCAUCAGGUGAAGAGGCAGUGAGGAUCCACUGUCAAAUCAAAUUUCUCGUCCCAUCUGCUCAGGAUCCAGGCAGGAAAUUCAGAUACUGAGAAAGCAGUUUGAUUACUUACUGUAUUAAUUAAAAAGUGUGUGUGGGUAUUUUUGUUCUCAGUUGGUGAGCAUGUAGUCAACAAAGGUGAACAACUUUUCUGCUGGACAAUGAGGAGUCAUGCUUAUUACUUUUUGGCUGUAAGUGAUUUUAGAAUAAGUGGUGUGUUUGUAUGGAGGAAAAAAUGUCUGUUCAGGUAUGUGUGCGCAUGUUUUUGUUUCCUCAGUGUGACUUUCUUCAGUAUAAACACCAACCUUGUCGGGUCCAGUAGUCCUCACAGGGACCUUAACCGGUCCUAAUGAGGCAAAACGUCAUGUUUGAGGUCCUGGUUAAGGUUAGUGUCCUAAAAAGGAUCCGUGCACAAACGUGUUUGUGUUUGUGUGUGUGUGUGUGUGUGUGUGUGUGUGUGUGUGUGUGUGUGUGUGUGUGUGUGUGUGUGUGUGUGUGUGUGUGUGUGUGUGUGUGUGUGUGUGUGUGUGUGUGUGUGUGUGUGUGUGUGUGUGUGUGUGUGUGUGUGUGUGUGUGUGUGUGUGUAUGCAUUUUGAAAUUACAGCUGAGCUGUGAAUCAUAAUAUUGUGUUUAUGGGAACAGUGCCAUCUAGCCACACAUAUGUAAAGUGUAUAGCCUAUAAAAACACUCACCUCUUCAAGAAACUGUCACUAAAUAUGAUUAGUGCCUCUUUGUAUUUGAUUCACAUGACUAGAUCAGUGCUUUUACGCAAGGGCUGCACAUUAACAGAUAAUGACAGGUGAUGACUUAUGCACAUACUGUAAAAACCCUGCUUGCUGUGAGGUUGUACCAUGUUUUAGAUUGUGCCUGAAGUAUUUUCUUGGUCUUAUGUAGGUCUGAGGAUGGUUUUCCAAAAUGUUGAAACUGUUACACUAUACAUAAUUUUCUUUAUAAAUAGGAUUAACUAUGUUGGGACAAUUUUAAAGUGGCUUGUUUUGCUUUUGUAUUGCACAUUUGUCAAGUAAACCUUCAGCCAAGGCUAGAUAUUUGCUAUCCAGGGAGAAACAGAAAAACAAACACAAACUGCUUCCUGCCUGUUAGCUGUUCAACCUUUCGGAUAAACUAGACGAAAGCCGAAACAUUCAUCUCUCAGGCUUCUAGCUACUCAAUGUCUUACAAAGGUCGAACAGAUGAGCUGUGACUGUGUGAGAGAGAGGUUCAUUGUUUUAAGUGCCUUAAAUCUUUCUUGGACUUUUGGAUGCUGUACAGUGCAUAUUAGUUGUGGAUAACAUUGUCAAGUAUUUUUUUAAAGGUCACUGUUGAUAUGUCACAAUAGGUUUCAUUCCAUGUUUAUGUACAGUUUUACAAUAAUUAUUUAGACAUGAUGAAACAAGCCAUAAAAUGUAAUUUUAAAUGUUAAUGAAUGAAAACACAUUUGUCUUCCAUAAUUUUUUGUCAGAUGUUUAGUACACAGAUUCUCAUUCAUAUUGAUUAACUAUUUUGUAAAGUAUAUGGAGUCAGUCUGCAUGGAAGUCUCAUUUGCUGUUUUUGUCUUUUACAUAAUUGCACAUUAACAUGUCUGUUAAUUGUCUUGUGGCCAGAACUCAGGGUUUAAAGGAAAAACAAAACUCAAUGAAUGCUUUCAUAUAAAAAUAAAACUUGUCAUGUUGUUGCCUACAAUGCCUUGGGACAGGUAUUUAUAUUGCAAAUGUUACUUGUUUAUCUGAGCUAAAAGAAUAGCUACAUUGAACAUGAGUACAGUUGCACUGAGAAUGUUCAUUAUUGUUCCUCACAGACACAAAAGUGUAUGAAACUGUGAUGUUUGAUUCAUGAAUGGCUCUACCGAGACACAUUUUCUAACUGCUUUAUCCUUUACCAAACAUUGUAAGUGUCCAUAAAACUCAGCAGAGCUUUAUGCUACAUGGCUCAAUGAUAUCACCACAUACAGUAUAAAGGCUGCUUCUUUGGCUUUGUGAGACAGCAGUUUUGUUGAUAAUAUGAACAGUUAUAUUAUCAGGUGUUCUCAAAAACUGCUCCGGGCCAUUUAAAUUACAUCAAUUUUCAAGUUUGCUGACAUUCCCCCAGCCAUUUUGUCUCAGGUUACCAUUAAAGAAAUCAUUUGACAUUUUUGGAAAAAUUCAUUAUAUGCUUACCUGCCUAGUGUUAGAUGAAUAGAUACUGCUUGACACCAAUCAUGUUAGCUUGCCUCUGUGCAAACGUUACAAACUCUACCUACCGUAAUUAGUGAGCUUUAGAUGUGGUUGUAAUCCGAUUUUGUUACCUUUGGACAGAACCAGCCUAACUGUUUCCCCGUUACUAUAACCAGCUACUUGUGCAGCUUCAUAUUUACCUUAUUUAACUUCAGGUAUAGGUAUCUAUCCCAUCUAACUCUCUGCAAGAAUAUUUCUCAAAAUGUCUUCCUUUAAUCAGUUGAAGGUGAAGGCAGUUCAAUCCACUGGUCUCAUAAUACUAGAAAAGCAACCUAAAAUAUUCUGUGAUAUCAAUAAAUGACAGAUUAUGAACAAGA